AGCAAGUGUGAACAGGCAGGCAGCGCGCGCUCAGUACACACGCGAACCUGCUGAAGGCCGUUGGAGUCGUGCGUUGUAAAUUAUGUACAUAAGUUACUGAUAUUAUUCGGGUACACAUGAAUGGCAGGCAGCGCAACUUGGAGCCAUUACACCGAGCAGCGAGUGUGAAAAUGUGUAAACCAACGGCCAACAUCGUCUGAACUGGAACACGUAACACCAAGUGCUCUCUGCCCGUCUCUCACACAGACCGAGGCUCGACGACUCCGGUGGGGAUUUUCAAGCCGACAAGACCGCAGCAAAGCGUAUCAGAUGUAAAGAGAAAAAAACAACAACGGAACCGCGAAUUUUUAUUCUUAAGCUUCUUUUUUUGUAAAUGUAUUUUUUCAGUGGGUGUAAAAAAUAAUUUUGUAGGCAGGAAAGCCCCGUGUAAAUCUCGUGAAAUAACGUUUGUAAAAAGAUAUAGGAAUAAUAAGAAAUCCAGUGAGUUAGCUAGCUAUCUGUGCUGAGCUGCUCGUUUUUAAAAUAAACACACCGCUGGACAGACGAGCUAUGAUGAUGUUGAAUUCAGGGUUUACUUGAAGAUAUUCACACAACAGACUGAAAGAAAAACACUGCAGCUUGAAAAAACUCCUAUUUUAGUGUGUGUUUCCAAGAGCUGCAAGACGUGUGGUUUACUUUGAUUAGUGCUGCACCUAAGUGGAUAUAAAGAAAAUGUAGGACAUGCUGAGAAGGAAAGCAAGGACAAAAUAUUUUCUUCAACAGCUGUGGUCUCAACCUCCUGUGCUUCUGUAAAGCUUCUAAAAACAGGAGAAAGGGAGGCAGAGAGUGGAGGAAGAGUGCGAGGUCACUAGUUUGACCAAGGACGGCCUUCAGUCACCUGCAGCCCUGGAAGAUCAGCUUGACAGACUAGAAGGAGUGAGUGGGUGACCACAGAAAGAGAGAGAGACGGGGACUGACGGAGGAGCAAAGGUUUGGAGGAGGAGGAGGAGGAGGUCAAGGAGGAGUGGGAAAGGCCAUUCCCCAUGGCUACUGACCCGGGAGAGCCCACAGGCACCGAGGAUUCCUCGGAGAAACCUGAUGGACAGAAGGAGGAGGACACGGAGCAGGAAGGCAGGGCCCAUCCACAGAGGGAGAGAACACACAGCACCCCCUCAGACGUCCUCUCCUCCCAGACUCAGGAGAGGAAAGCGACAGGAGGAAAGGAUGGAGCAGUCCAGGGAGGAGGAGGAGGAGGAGGAGGAGGAGGGGAAGCCAGCAAGGAGGGUGAGGAGAAUCCAGACAGACCAAUUUCAUUCUCCACACCCUCUUUACCAGUCGACACUGGCCAGAAGCGACUGAGGAGGGAGAAGCGCUUCUUCAGGAAGAGUGUGGAGAUUUGCGAGGAGGACGAUGAGGUGGAGGUGCCCCCAGAGGCGCCCCACAGUGCCCCCCACCUGGAGCUGCGCUCCUCAGACACAGUCUUCACCAGCAGUGCCCAGCAGCAAGGGGGUGCUUCAUCCUGUGCUGCCAUGGGCCAUGACCCAUCCUGCCCCAGCCCCAGCCAGGAGCCAGGAAAGGAUGCACCUUCCUCUGCACCCACCCAGAGGGUGAAGGAGAGGGACCGUGAGCAGGAGGAGGAGGCAGAGAUGAAGGCUGUGGCUACGUCUCCUGGAGGCAGGUUCCUUAAGUUUGACAUUGAACUGGGCAGAGGAGCCUUCAAGACUGUGUAUAAAGGCCUGGACACAGAGACAUGGGUGGAGGUGGCUUGGUGUGAACUUCAGGACCGCAAACUGACCAAAGCGGAGCAGCAGCGCUUCAAGGAAGAGGCCGAGAUGCUGAAGGGGUUGCAGCACCCCAACAUCGUCCGCUUCUAUGAUUCCUGGGAGUCUGUGCUCCGUGGCAAGAAGUGCAUCGUGCUGGUCACUGAACUCAUGACUUCAGGAACACUCAAAACUUACCUGAAGCGCUUUAAGGUGAUGAAGCCCAAGGUCCUGAGGAGCUGGUGUCGCCAAAUCCUGAAGGGGCUUCAUUUCCUUCACACCAGGACUCCUCCAAUUGUCCACCGGGACCUCAAGUGUGACAACAUCUUCAUAACAGGCCCAACAGGCUCAGUCAAGAUAGGAGACCUGGGAUUGGCCACUCUUAUGCGGACCUCUUUCGCCAAGAGUGUUAUAGGAACGCCUGAGUUCAUGGCUCCAGAGAUGUAUGAGGAGCACUAUGAUGAGUCUGUGGAUGUCUACGCUUUCGGGAUGUGCAUGCUGGAGAUGGCCACCUCAGAGUACCCGUACUCUGAGUGCCAAAAUGCUGCUCAGAUCUAUCGCAAAGUCACAAGUGGUAUAAAGCCAGCAAGCUUUGAUAAAGUGAAUGACCCAGAGAUCAAGGAGAUCAUUGAAGGCUGCAUUCGCCAGAACAAGAGCCAGAGACUUUCCAUCCGAGACCUCCUUAACCACGCAUUCUUUGGGGAGGACACAGGGGUCCGCGUAGAGCUUGCAGAGGAGGACACAGGCACCCAAGACUGUCUGGCUCUUCGUAUUUGGGUUGAAGAGCCCAAGAAGCUAAAGGGGAAGCACAAAGACAAUGAGGCCAUCGAAUUCAGCUAUGACCUGGAGAAUGAUAGUGCUGAGGAAGUGGCUCUUGAGAUGGUGAAGUCAGGAUUCUUCCAUGAGAGUGAUGCCAAGGUGGUGGGGAAAUCCAUCCGGGACCGAGUAAAUCUGAUCAAAAAGUCACGAGAGCGUCGACAGCAGCAGCUGCUCCAGCAGCAGCAGGGCUUCGAAGAAAGGAGAGACUCCACUCUCACCUCUUACACCUUUUCUCAUCCAUCCUGCCCAUCCUCAAUGGGGCCUGGGGCAGCUGGACAGACUGCAGGUGGAGGAGGAGGGCAAGAGUCUGAGGAGCUGCCUGAGGUGGACCAACAUGUCAGGCAGCAGCAUAUUUUCAGUGGUACAGCCCUUAGUCUGCCAGAAGGAGAGAGCAUUGGGUCUGCCAGCUGUGAAUCUUAUGCAAGUGGACAAAGCCAGGCGUACUCUCAGCAAGGGGAAUCAUACACCCACUCCCAGACCGCUCUCCCCCCUACCGCAUCUAGCGCUGGUGCGUUGGCUCAUCAUCAAAUGCUCCCCAUUGGUGAGAGUGGAAGUGUUCCAAAUGUGCCUAUUGGUCAGAGUGUUAGCAUGUCCAGCAUGCCGGUGGGCCAAAGUGGAGGGGGGCCUGUUGGUCAGACGUAUCUUCAGCCCAGUACCAUGGUUCCACAGGUAUCACCAAGUGUCCCUCAACAAUAUUUUCAGUCACAAACAUUCCCAUCAGAUGCAUUUCAAACUGCCACACCCCAUGGGUCAUUGGCCCCCUCACAGUCAUACAUACCCCCUGUUUCCCCACAAGCACCCAGUAGUGUUCUCACUACAUCCAUGUCAGUCAGUGAUCCUACUGGACUAGGGGGGACCAUUGUGCCCCUCGCUCAGCAGACCCAGCCCCCCGCCACUCCCAUGCAGCUCACUGACAUCAUUCCCCAGGCAGCACCCCAGCAAACACAGCCUGUCGUGAUCCCUCUGCAGACUAUUGUCCAACAACAACAGAUAGGGAUGGAUCCCCAGGCCUCCACCCUUCAGCAGCAGCAGCAACAGCAAAUGGAGGCCCAGGCCACUCUGCUUGAACAACAACAAGUUAGUGCCAGUCAGCCACCGACGGAACAUCAGCCACAGAGCCUUUCAGCUACAGCUGCCCGGAAACAUCAACAUGAACCUCCGCAGCAGAUCUAUGUACAACAGCCUAUUCCACCAGUCCACACAGCUCCUCAGCAGCAAGUAUUACCUACACAACCAGGUAUGGAGCAGCGACCUAUGUCAAUGCCACAGCCAGGGGAGCAACCUCAGACUUACAAACAGCAACCAACAGGGGAUCCUCGUGAGCAGACCAUGAUACAACCACAACUGCAACAACUUCAGCAAACUCUGUUACAACAGCAACAACAACAAGUUUUACUGCUUGAGCACCAUCAGACGUAUGUCCAGCAACAAAUUGAUCAGCAGCAACAAAAAGCACUGCUUCAACAACAACAGGCCCAACUGCAACAACAUCAACUGGAGCAACAGCAAGCACUUAUACACAAGCAAUUGUUGGAUCAGCAUCAGCAGCAAACUCUUUUUCAACAGCAACAAGAGCAGCAACAGCCAGGUCUUGUACAACAACAGCAACCACAACAGGCACUUUUACAACAUCAGUUAGAGCAGUCUCCUCUACAGCAACAGCAGCCAAAUCAGUUGUAUCAACAAAUUGGACAACACCAAACUGGAAUACAAACAGAACUAGAGAAGCAACAGCAAAGUGGACAACAGCAGCAACAAAUUGUAUUGCAGCAGCAGCAGCAGCCCCAGCAGGCUCAACAGCAAAAGGAACAAUUGCAGCAGCAAGCCUUACUCAGACAAAUAGAACAACAGCAGCAGCAAGCACUGAUACAACAGCAUCUGCAACAGCAGGCUAUUUUGCAACAGCAACAGCUACAACAGAAAGCUCAGCUACAGCAACAGCAACAUGAGGAGCAACAGGUGCAGCUCAAACAGCAGCUAGAGCAGCAGCAGCAAGCUCUGUUGCAGCAACAGUUAGAGCAACAGCGUCAGCAACAAGUCCUGUUACAACAACAGCAAGCAGAGAGGCUACAGCAACAGGCUCUGUUAAAGCAACAGAUUCAAGAGCAGCAGCAACAAGCAGCCAUCAUUCAACUUCAGCAAACUGAGAAGCAAGAGGCUGUCCCUAUUCCACAAAGUAACAGUGAGCAGCAGAUUCAGCAGCAACUGACUGACAUACAGCAUGCAUGUGUCCCACAACUAAACGCCCCUCAGUUUACACCUCAUUCCACUUUCAUACAGCAGCAAGUGAUGGAGCAGCAGCAGCCAGCAACAUUGAUCCAGCAGCAGCAGCAGCAAGCAUUUGUUGCCCAGCCGCAGCAUCACACCUCUGCAAUGGAACCUCAUAUCCCAGUUGGAGCUCCAGCCAGCACUGAGGUGAUUCAGCACCAAACUCAAAUUGUCCCACAGGCUCAGGUCCCCAUGGCCAUGCAGACUACGCACAUCCCGAUCCAGACGCCUGCUGUUGUUCAAGCUCAAGUCCUUGCCCAGCAAGGACAAAGUGAGGCUCAUCCUCCAAACCAGGUCCCAGUCCAACUUAUAGCCCAGUCCACUGCUCAAGCAGCUCAAGCUAUGAUUGAGGCCCAAGUAUCUCCUCCUGCGGCAGUGAUCCAGGGGCAGACUCACCAGACCAUCCAAACCCAGCAAAUUCCCUUACAGACGAGUUACCCAGGACCUGCUGCUCUCACACAGAGCCAGAUAACUGCUCAGCCAUUAAUCCAGACUCAGCCUCUGCAUCUGACAGUAAGCCAGUCCCAGCCACCACAUGGUCAGGGCCCAACUGUGGACAUUCAUAUGAUGGGCCAACAAACCCAAGCUACUGUCCAGCCUCCAGCUGCAAUUACCUCAAUUCCCAGUCAGAUCCAACAUGAGACCCUUGUUCAGCAAAAUGCUCAAAUGCCAGUGCUCAUGCAACCCCAGCUCCAGCAGCAAACUCAAGGCCAGCCACCUAGCCAGAUGCAUACUCAGACUGCUGCUGGCCUUUUGACCUCUCAGUAUGUCCCUCAGCCUACCCACCAAGCCAUGCCAUCUGUACAACAGGAUAUAACUCAUAUUACACAACAGCAGCAGCAACAACAAGAGCCAGUACUGCAAUAUCAGCAGAUGAUUCUGUCUCCUGGCUCAGCUGGAAGUGUUGGAACUACAGCAGAUAGUCUCACCUCUGUAGUUGACCCUGCAAACUUUGUCGCCACUUCUCAUCCUGUGCAGCAGGCUGGACAAGCCUAUGGUCCAGGCCAAACAACACUGCAGCCAGUUGUUCAGGCUCAGCAGCAGCCCCUAGGAAGCACUGCUGACCCUUCUGUCAUUCAGCAGAUCUCCCAGCCUCCUAUACCUCAGUCUGCUGUGCAGUACCAGCAACAGCUACAGAAGCUUUCUCAAGCGCAGCAACCACUAGCUCCACCUCCUCCACAGACCCAGUCACUGGCACAGCCCAUCCCAACUCCCAUUCAGCAACAACUUCCUGUACAGCAGGCUUUGAUGCCCCAUGACGAGAGUCAGCUGCCCUCACAGUGCCCACCUGCUUCACAUCUGGUGACCCAUCCUUCUGCACAGAUAGGCCCCAGCAGUGUUGCAGAUCCGCAGUCUCAGAACAGGACCCUGCCCCUCUAUAGUCAUCUAGUGGCAGGCGCCCCUCCAUCUCCGCAGCACCAAGCCAAGCAGAUACUGCCAGCUCACACACACACACAAACCAGCAUUCAGGCCCAAACAAACUCCCAAACACAGACACUUGUUCAGACACAGGCUCAUUCUCAUACUCAGACAUCCACUGAAACACCUAUUGCUGAACAGCCUGUUCAACCCCAUGCCGUCUUUCCUGCACAACAAAUGCCCCUCAGCCCCUCUCAUACCUCAUGUCCCCCAACAUCACUACCAUCUCUCCCUUUCCUACCACCCCACCAACCUGCUGCUGCCUCCCUGCCAGACCUGCCUACAUCUCCGCCAGCGACCCAGGUAACCUUACCAGGGCAGGCCGACUUUAUACCCACCUCCCCUCCUCCUGUCACUACUCUACAAUCGCUUGAUUCUAAUGCCCCCAACCUGCCCCAAGCCUCGCUGCAAGACUGUGACCUUACCCUGCUGGGCAUUGCUCAGGAUGGUCCAUACCUGUCAAGUACAGAACGUCAUUCUUCGUCAGGGUCUGUCCCAGCAAAUGGAGAAGAAACUCUUCAGCUUUUGGCCAAUGGGAAGUUAGAGAAAUUAAAGACUCAAAGAAGAGCUUCCUGUCAGAGGCCUGAGAAAGUUUCACAUCAGUUUCAACUGAGCAUGCUCCAGGUGUCAGGCAGCGGGGACAAUAUGGUGGAAUGCCAGUUGGAAACCCAUACCAAUAAGAUGGUGACAUUCAAAUUUGACAUUGAAGGGGAUGCACCGGAGGACAUAGCAGAUUACAUGGUGGAGGAGGACUUUGUCCUUGAUAUAGAGAAAGAAAAAUUUGUUGAGGAGCUUAGAGCCAUAGUCAAGAAAGCUCAUGAAAUUCUUCAAACACAUUCACAGACUGGAUCAACUGAUCAGUUGCAUGUGAGCACUCCCACUAGCUCUACAAUGGACUCGGUGCCUCAUUCUUCCCCAGUGGGACGCUGGCGCUUCUUUAUCAACCAGACCAUCCGCCAUAGAGACUCUCUAUCCAGUCAGGGUGCAGGUGCACCAUCACCCACUGCAGAGAUGAGGACACCUCAGUCUCCUAAAACAGAGAAAGAAAGUGAAGGAUCCCAGAGUCUGGAGUCCUUGACUGGAAUUGCCUCUCCCCCCUGCCCAUCCCUUUCUGCCACCUCCCCUCCAGUCUCCACUGUCUCAGCCCCUGCCUCCAUGGCCCCCUCAGUCACAGCUGCCCCGGCUCCUCACACUGCUGCCUCUGAAAGCAUCUCUGCACCAGCCUCCACUCUUGAGGCCUCUGUCCCUGUCACUGCUUCAGGUGGUCUUGAACUGCCGGUCCUCACUUCAGCUUCUGUUGACCAAAUUCCCAGUGUUCCCGCAUCCAUAGCAAUACCUGCUGCUGCUAACCUCCCCACUUUGUCCACUGCUCCUACUGUUGUGUCUCCCACACCCAUCACCAUUCUCCCUGAUGUCCUCACUUCUCCUGGAAGCAGUGGUUGCUCCACUGUAGGUCAAAGUAUUGGGGAUACAGUGACAACUGCUCCAAGGUCAUGUGUGCCGGCAGUGGACCAGUCUUCAACCUCUUUUCAUUCCCCUCCUCCUGCUGCUGCAGUGACCUCUUCUGCGGUAAGCCAACUUGGCAUGGAACAGCAGCAGACACUCACUCAGGUGGCCAAGCCAGCUGUACAACAACCACAGCAACCACAGCCACAACUACAGCCUGCAUUACAGCAGCAGUUGCCAGUAGUUCAACAACAACAACUGCAGGCAAUGCAGCUCGAACAACAGGCACAACAGAUACAGCAGGCAACAAUGCAGCAACAACAACAGUCACAACAUCAAGCGUACCAGGAACAAAUUCAGCUGCAGCAGGAACGAGCACUGCAACAGUCUCUCCAACAGUUACAACAUCAGCAACUAAUGCAGCAGCAAAUACCACUUCAACAACAGCUGACUGAGGUGCAGGUGUUGCCUCGACAGGGUCAUACAGAGUUAUUACAACAGUCGGUGCAGUCUCUGCAGCAGUUUCUGCCACCAAUGCCCCUGCAGCAGACCCAACAACCUCUUCUUCAGCAGCAAACACCCCAGUUUACUCAACAAUUGCUGCAACAGCCUCAGUUACAGCAGUUACCACAGCAGGUUAUGGCACCCCAAGCUGCAGUAGUGCCUCAACAGCAGGCCCACAUCGAUCACCAGCAGCAGCAACAGUUAAAUCUACAACAGACAAUACACUUACAGCAACAGCAAAUGGUGCAACAGCAGCUACAGCAGCAACACCAACAGCUGUUUAUGGGUGCUGUGGCUUUAAAGACAGAUCAGAGCCAAAUGCUGCCCCUCUCAAUUAGUCAACAGUUUCUUCAACAACAGGCACAGCUAAAUGUCAGCCCUGUACCACAACAGCAGAUUCCACAACAAGUCCAAAUUCCUGCUGAGCUGGCACAACAACAUAUACAGUCACAGAAACAGCUGCAACACACUGAGCAUCAACAAGAGGUGGUUAAAACCAUGGACACCCCCCAGAAGCAGCAGCAGUUUACGCUGCAGAAGCAGUCCUCUUUACAGAUGUCAGAGUCAGAGGUGUCCACAGGAGAGACAAGUUUUACAGAGGACACAUGCAGCUACUCUACUCCUUUUCACCCUUCCUCUGACUCCUCUCUGCCGCCUCUCCAUCUGGGCACCACCGAAGCCCCCUUACCCGCUCUCUCCCUCACAAUGACGCCAUCCCCUGCUCAGCCUUCCUCUGUGGCUGAGUCAGACAGUGAAGGCCCCCCCAAAAUUGAAUUUGUAGACAAUCGCAUCAAGACUCUGGAUGAAAAGCUGAGGAACUUGUUGUAUCAGGAGUACAGCAGCGGGGCAGCACCGACUGGAGGAGCUGCCUCUGGCCCUACGUCAGCUGCCUCCACAUCAGCAGGAGGAGACGAGUCAUCUGAGCCACAGUCUCUUCACCACUUGUCUUUCCCCCCACCUGCCUCCUCCUCAGAUACAUCCCCUCACUCCUCAACCUCCUCUACCUCCUCCACCACCUCACGUUCCUCCUCUACCUCCCCUGACCCAGAGAGGGAUGGCGGAGGAGAGAAAGCUUCCAUAGAAGUGCCCAACCUUGCAGAGAUGGGCCCAGUGGAGCAACAGCCUGGCCCAUCUCUUCCCUCUACUUCUGCCUCCUCCACCCCGCCAACCUCUCUCCUGCCUCCCAGCCAGGAUGAUCCUGCUGGACCCCAGCGUCCACCUGUACCAGGAGAACCAACCAUUCUUGCUGUGCCCCCACACUCUGACACCAGUACCACUGGAGACGCAUCGUGGCCUCCCAAUCAGCACCAGAUCCCCCUCCGGCACGGACAGCAGAAGCACAAUGCAGGAGGUGGAUAUUUUGGCCUAAACCUGACAUGUCCUAGUAUCAGAAAUCCCGUUAGCAAGAAAUCCUGGACUCGCAAAUUCAAAAACUGGGCGUGCAAACUGCGCCACUCCGCCAGCUUGUUCAAGAAGCCCAGAGUCCAGCAAGAAGGACGUUCCAGCAGUCAGGCACUUGCAGAGGAGAAGGAGGCGCCACCCUUAAAUCCACCUCAUUCACGCAAAGGACGAUUUCAGGUGACUCCAGUGCCCCAGUCCUCUCCCCCGAAGGCUGCGCCAUCCGGCCAUGGUAGCACUCAAAGGAAAGUGGGACGCUUCUCCGUAACCCAGGCUGAGACUAAGAAAGAGGACAGGCAAACUGACAGCUCCCCAGUGUCUCCUGAUUUGGAGAGGGAGAGGAGGAGAUCCCGGGCAAAGGAAGGAGAAAAAGAUGAAAGUAAGAGGACCCCAGCAAUGGCUCACUUGCCCCGAGGUCAUGGGCACAGCCACUCACCCCUGGGCAGCAGUGAUGAUGAGGAUGAGAGUGAGCUGGAGGAUGAAGAGCUGAGAAAAGAAUUACACAAGCUAAGAGAGAAGCACAUCAAGGAGGUGGUAUCACUUCAGGCCCAGCAGAACAGAGAGCUGCAGGAGCUGUACAGACAGCUUCGUUCCCUCAAAGACCAAAGGCAGAGUCUGCCAGUCUCCCUGUCCCGAACCCCUCCUCUGCCCACGGGACCUCCUAUCCUCUCUCCUCGUAGGCCCAGGCCGGCCAAAAUCAAGCUCCGGCCCCGGCCCCACUCUCACAUGGAUAACAAUGGAGUUACGCACUCUGGGAUUCAGCAGUCAAGUAGUUUCUCAGGUAGUGAACAGAGUAGACUGCCUCUUUACUGCAACCCAGAGCACUGCACUUCACUGCCUGCUAAAAGAGAUCACAGCCCUCUAAGAAAAAGCACAUUCACAGAUGAACUGCACAAACUCGUUGAUAAUUGGACGAAGGAGGCGGUGGGCCCCACCCCGCCCAAACCUUCGUUGAAUCAAAUCAAGCAGAUUCAGCAGGUGCAGGAGUUGGGAGGCUGGAGCCAGACGACUGAGGUGGCUCCAUCAGGUUGGUUUCCAGUGGCACCACUGAACCCACAGGCACCCCCUACUCCUACCAGCUUGCCUGUGGCAGCCCCUUCCCAAUACACAGGUGGAGGAAACCUGUCCACCCUGCCCUCCCCAGGGCCACCAACACAAACACACAUGGCUCAAGUGCCACAGAUGCAGCAAAGUUUACACCUCCAUCAGUCUCUCCCCCUCCAGCAGAUGACCUAUCAGCAGUCCCCAAUCCGCCAGCAGAUACCGCAACCCCGAAUGCAAACCCCCAUGCAGUCCCAGUCCCUACCACAGACACAACCCGUCACCCAGCUGCCCCACUCACCACCUCAAAGCCAACCGCUGCUGCCUUCCCAAAUGCCCACAUCUCCAGUGUCCACGGCCGCGUCUCUGCUGCCCGGCAGUGGCACUACCGCACCCACAGAUAGCACUGCUGCUACUGGGGGGACAUUUUGCCCCUGUCCCUCACCCUCUUCAACCUCUUCCUCCUCUUGUUCUACUGCUGCUCUACCUUCCAGUGCCAAAAUUCACCCAACACCUCCCACCUCGACUCUUCCUCUGGGACAAAAAUGAAACCAAGGUGAAGUGAGAGGUCAAUAUGAAGGUGCAAGAGAUGGAGAUGCUAAGUGGAUCAGGACGCAAAGCAGAUCCAUGUGGAGUGUUAGUUCUGUGUAUGUAUGAGAGAGUUGUGACUGCAAUGAAUAUACUGUAUGGAUUCCAGUGUAGUUCUGGAUGAGAUGGGGAGUGAAUGUGAGAGAUGAUAGAUUCUACUAUGUACAGACAGAGGGUAACAAGGAACACAGCAGCUGGGGUUUAUGAAUCAUGGUAUGUUUGGGUGUUGAGAUGUAUAAAUUCUUAAAUGUAUGAGUGUGUGCGUUUAUGAGUGUGGGUGAGUGUUUAUGGAUUAUCCGAGUACAUAUCCCUUUUGUCCUUUUACACAAAUUAACGUUCAUGUUUUUGUUUCAAACCGACUCAGUUGGACCUGAACUCUCCCUAAGCAGAGACAAGAAGGACAGAAAAUAUUUGAGAGUGUGUUGACAAUUCUUGUUUAAUUUGUCAAUGCUUACAGUGAAAGGACUAUCAAUUUUAAAAGUGCAAUUAGUAAUGGUCAUCUAAAUUGAUCAGCAUGUAUUGUAUGGAUUUGUCUGUAAGGCAUAAAAUAUUUUUGUAGAAGCACAUUGAUGAAAACCAGACGCAUAGAGGAUCUUCUCAUGAUCGUCACGUGAUCUUUUAAAACCGUAGGCCUACAACACAAGGCGUUAAAAUGGGCAAUGGAAAAAAAUUAAACAACAGCAUGUUGUACAGUAAAGCACGGUAAAGUUAACCUGGCUACCCUCAUUACCACCAUGCGACCAAACACCGUGUUGCAGUGUUGUGCACCGGUACAGCAUGUGCUUCCUUUGUAUUACUUUAUGUUUAGCAGUUGUAACAUAGAAACAGAAUUACCAUGAGUGGUGUGAUAUAAAUUAAAAUAAAUUCAUAAUACGAUGGUGAAUUGAAACAUGCCACCUACGUUCAGUGGAUACCUGGGUGUACUCAACCCAAGACUGCAUGACUAACUUGACUUGCCAGAGUGCAAACUGCUUGCACUUGCUGUAUAUUCAUGAUUCUCACAUUUACUAUUUGCAGCCUACUGAGAUAAUUCAUCAGUCAUGAGUAAAUUUGGUAUGAAAUGCUUUCACAUUUGAUAUUGUUGCUUUCAGUUUGAGCUCCGCAUAUCAGAGUAUAUCACGGUGGUAUGCUGAGGAGGAAGGUGAAAAAGAAAAAAAACUGCCAAUAGACUGGGGAGACCAUAUGGGUUAUUCCCAUAUUGCCUUUUAAAAUUACUGCAUUUUUUGUGGGUGUGUGAGUGUAUAUUUUUUCUGUGUGACAAAGCUUUGUGAUAGUCCCAUGGUAUAUUGCAUUAUAAAUUACAUCCCUGUUUCUUUCAUUCAAAGCGGCCUCUCAAAUGUCACUUUACCCAAAUGAAAAUGUUUACUCUGCCUACGUUUGAGGCUUUCUUUUCCUCAACAAACAAAACAAGUGAGAGGUUAAACCAUUUACCAGUUGUAAGCUUGAUGUCCGACACCGUUGUCAGAUCCUCACUUGCCUAUUUGUCAACUUUGUUUGGCGUUAGACAAAUUCCUUGUUUCAAUUGUAAACUAUUUAGUCUUUGACCAUAGGCUGUCAGUGUGAAUGCAUCAGUCAGAAGCUGAACUGUGGGCCAUAACUGUGCUUUAUGCACACUGCAAAAGGUUUACUCAAGUCAAAAAUCUCCCAUUUCUCUAAUUCUAAAUGCUUCAUUUGUAGAUGCAGAGAUACACGGUGUAAUAUAUCUGCAGCAGAUAUAUUACUGUACUUUAUUUUGGGUUAUCAGAGCACUUAGCCAUACACGUUUGACCUUUGAAGGUCAGGCGUUGAUACUCUUUUUGGCAUAAUGAGUAGGCUGUAGUCAAAGCAGCACUUCUGUUUUAUUAAUGAUAGAGAGAUUGUGUGCCACUGAAAACAGAAGAUUGUACCAGUUGUUAAAAACUGCUACAUGUGAGUCAAAGACAUUUAAAACAUGAACGGUUAAGGAGGAGUAGUUUGUGCUACAGGGUAUGGUUGUUCAGAAACUGCAUAAUCUAGAAUAUAACAACGAUUUUCUGUAUUUGUUGCUUUUCAAGACAACCCACAUUGUCACAGAGAUGUAGUUCAUUAUUAGUGAAGGUGAGAUACUGUGCUGUCAUGUCUGAUACUAACAUGUUGGCUGCAAGCUACAGCUUAAUGAUCAUGUUCAUGAUGUGGAGCUGGCUUUGUCCUUGAAGUGUUACCAAAAUGUUAUCUAAAAGAUAAAGAUUAUUUUUGUAUUUUGAAAUGGGGUUGUACAAAUUGUAAAAUUGUGUUCUCAUCAUUAUAAAUCUGAGGUUAUUUGAAACUAGAAAACACUGGUUUUCAGUCGUGUUUAAUGGGACUCCCAAGGGUCAUCUUAGAUGAUAUUGGGAGAACUUUUGACAACUUUUUUCAGUUUUGAACAAUGACAAUCUGGAAUAUACAUAAUAGUCUUACACAAGUCUUUCUGCUGGGUUGCAGGUCAGGUUUACUUAACUUUAAAAUUAAAAAAAUGCAAAAAGUAAAAAAUAAUAAUAAAAAUCUGCGAAGUCCCAAAAUGGCACGACUGAGAACCAAUGACAAAAGGACAUUUGGGCAGAGAAACCUCAAAAAAUAAAGUAUGUUGCUGGUGAUUUAGCCUCUGUAAAUUGUAACUAAUUCAACUGUUGAUUUUAUUUAUGUUUUGUAACUAAUCAAAAUAAAUGAUGUUAAACAUCAGA